UACGUCAUCAGUCCGCGCCUCUAUGGAAUGAAGUAAACAGAAUGGAUCAAAGCGCGUUAGAUCUUGUUAAGGUGCAUGGAGGUGGAGGUUACGACUCUGACUUUAGCGAUGAAGAUGGUGGUGGAGAAAAGUCCAAAUAUGGAGAGAUCAGGCCAGGUGAAGAUGAACUGUUACAUAAGCCGUUCCAGAAAGGCAAACGUACCAGCUUGGCCCAUAAGAAUGUGGCUGCAGCUGAAUGGGACAGAGAGGAAGCCCGAAACCGACGGCAACACCUGAUCUCAAUGAACGCUUUUGACCGGCACAAGAAGUUCGUCAGCGACUACAUACUGUACUAUGGAGGAAAGAUCGAAGACUUCAAGCGGUCCAUGAAUAAUGAUAAGACUGACCUGGACGUGGUGCGAGAAAACCACCGUUUCCUGUGGAGAGAGGAGGAUGAGGAGGAGAUGACAUGGGAAAAAGAACUCGCAAAGAAGUAUCACGACAAGCUUUUUAAAGAGUACUGUAUCGCAGAUCUCAGCCGAUAUAAAGAAAAUAAGUUUGGUUUUAGAUGGCGCAUUGAAAAUGAAGUUAUAUCUGGAAAAGGUCAGUUUCUGUGUGGUAACAAGCGCUGCGAGAUAAAGGAUGGUCUGAAGAGCUGGGAGGUGAAUUUUGCUUAUGUUGAGCAGGGAGAGAAGAGGAACGCUCUUGUGAAACUGCGUCUUUGUCCAGAGUGCUCCUUCAAACUCAACUAUCAUCACCAGAGAAAAGAAGUAACCGUUCAGAAGCGACAGCGAUCGAAAGACGGCGAGAAAAAAUUACAAUCAAAGAGACCCAGAACCCAGAAACGCAAGAACAAACGCAAACACAAAAAAAGACGCAAAGAAACGUCUUCCUCGUGUUCAGAAGAGGAGCCCCGAGGCUCUGAUAAAGACACAGAGAGUGAAGAGGAGGAGGGCCCUUCAGAAUCAGACCACUGGAAGGGUCCGGCCGCCCCCGUGGAGGAGAAAUCCAGGGAGGAAGAAUUUGACGAGUAUUUUCAAGACAUGUUUCUCUGAGUGCCGUCAUCUGUCAGAAUUCCAUUCCUGUUGUGUUCAGUUUAUUCAGAACUGAACGGUGACAGUUCGUUAAGAGACAGUUAGGAGACGUUUAUCCGCCUUAUGUCACCUCUCGGAUUCUCCAGGGUCACUUUAGCCCACUGUUAUGGCAGUCGGCCAAUCAGUGAGCAGAAUGUGUGGGGUGACAGGGCCUCUGUUCUCUCCGCUCUCCUGCUCCAUGUGGCAUUUACUUGUGUUUGACCGGACUGUUGCUUUCCUCUGCUUUUGCACAAAAAUAAAACCAGAAAUGAGAUUUAGACAAUAUGCAAUCUGCAAUAUUUAGUUCAAGGAAGGUCAUUUGUCUCUGCUGUCAGCCAGUUACCUGAUCCGCAUUACCUGAGGAUGAUCCAGUUUUACUAACUAAUCCCCAUGCAGCGUGAUGGAGAUGUCACGGUAACUCUUGACAUGCCUUUUAAACUGAGACCAGAAGCUCGUACGAUCAAUGAUUACUCAAUACACAAGAGAAUCCUGUAUAAUGUGUUUAUUUGUUCACUUGACAUCAUUAAUUUACAGUAUGGUAUAUGUGCGGUAGUAUUCAAUAAAUAAAUAUGCAUGUCCA